AUGUCAGCCACGUCUCUGGAGAAGCCGUGGUCCGAGCUGACCGUGUCGGACGUGUAUGACAUCGCGGCGGUUCUGGCUCACGAGUUCCAGCGGACCAUCGAGCGCUUCGGCGGCGGCGAAGCCCUGGUCGGCCUGGCCCCAAAGGUGGUCCGAGUUCUGGAACUCCUGGAGUCGCUGGUGACGGAACGACGAGAAAAAGACGACGCCGACGGAGAGGAACUGCGGGAGGAGCUGCUGAGACUGCGGCGGGAGCGCAGCGACAGGAUGGAGCGCGAGACCAAGCACCGACAGGAGUCGGAGCAGGUGGAGGAUGCAUGGAGAGCCGAGGUAGACCGUCUCCACUCGCGGGUGGCUCAGCUGCGGGCCGAGAAUGAAAAGCUGCUGGCCGCCGGCCCCGGAACGCCUCUCGGCCCGCUUUCCUCCGCUGACCCGGACUUACUAGAGGAGGGACGGGGGCCGAGCGAGAAGGAAGAACGGCUGACGAGCGAGCUGAAGCGAUUGCUAGAGAGGCAGAGGGAGGAAAUCCACGCCAAAGACCAGCAGCUGACUCAAAAAAACCAAGACGUGGAGGCGCUUCAGAGACAGCAGAAGCGCCUGAUCCGGAUCAAUCAGGAUCUCCGUCAGAGGUUGUGCGCUGCGGCCGAAGUGGAGGCCGCGCUGCGGCGAGAGUCCGGGCGGCUCGGGCGGGAGCUGCGCGAGCUGGAACUGGAGCGGCUACUGGCCCGGACGGAAGCCCGGAACGAGACUUCCAUUUCCCCGCAGGUGCGCGAGUGUGUCGAGGCCAACUCUGUGUGGGCCGAGUGCGGAGGAGAUCCGUACUGCCUCCCUGGCGCCGCUGGACCGGACACACGAUUUGCAAUGGACACGCCCGAGGACGAAGAGGAAGCCGAGUCAGUAGCUCCUCACUUUAGCGUGCAGGAGCUGGGUGACGUCCUAGAGGAGCGAAACCAACUCAAGGCUCAAGUUUUUCUCCUGCAGGAAGAGCUAGCCUACUACCAAAGCGAGGACUCCUCGGAGGAUGACUGCCGCCUCCCUCUUGGCACUUCAACUUCAGCGCCCCCGCCACGCGAUGUCUCUUCUGAUCUCCCGGAAUCUGGAAUUGGUCGCCUGAUCUUCACCGCCAUCAUGCCCAUGGUGGCCGCCGGUUUAAUUGCGGAUGACCCCACCUUGCUGCCCAUCAGCCGCCUCGUUUCCCUAGUAUGA